AUGGCGGAAUACUCGAGGAAGUCCUUCAAAGACAGUCUGAGUGAUAUAAAACAACGCAUGAAAGAGAAAAGAAUUCAGAAAUGGUCAAGACUGGGUAAAACUACCAAGUUUUCCACUGUAAAGGCCAAAAGAGCAACCAACAACUCCAACAAAAUUAAGAUCAUUCAAGCAAACAAUAGAGACCUGGCUCUGUCCUUGCAAGAACACAAGCUCAAACUGAGGGAAGCUGAAGAUACCAUUCUUCAGCUAAGGAAAGAUUAUCACAUUUUGAAGGCUCAGAUGUUUGACUUGCAAAGAAAUCAUAGGUUCCAGCAAGAACAAGGACAUGUGGAGAACCAACUGUCAGCCUUGAAUGAGAUAAUUUCCAAAGUGUCUCAGAAUUUACAGGACUCCAUCAUGCUCCUUGGCCCAGCAAAGAAUUUGUGUUCCAUAGGCCUAAAUCAGAGAGUGCUUUCUUCAGGUCCUGGAAACAGUUGCAGUGUCACAGGACCAACACAUCCGGUAGGACCUUUAAAGUGUGUUCUUGAAGAUGGUCCAGUACUUCCGAAUGAGAUGGAAGCUCGUGGUGACAGAAAUUCUUUGUCAAAGAUCUGUGUGGAAUCUGACAGUGACAUUUCCUUUACCAAUAUAAUUCCAAGCGAAGGACAGCCAUCUGAUUUUCAUCUGAAAAACACAGAACCAGAGCUGGAAAAUGUUUCUUCAAGUAUAAAGUUUGGAUUUGGUAACGGGUUACCAAAAAGUGUAUCCACCAGACGUCGCUUUUUGACGAUGAGGAACCCUGAUGUAAUUUGCACUGAUGUCUUGGACCAUUUAGAAUUACCUGAUUCAGUAGAAGAACUUUCUGAACAGAAGGAAAUUAGGCUUGAGGAAAGUCUAGAGAAGUGUGCUACAGGAAAUGUAAAUGCAGCUAUUCCUCACUUGAAUGAAAGCAAGGUCAAUUCAGAGCUAGUGUUGAGGCAGAAAACUUCUGAAACUGCAAAGUUCAAAUUAAAAUGUAAUUCUGAUCUUAAACAACUGAAGUGUAAAAGCAGAGAAAACCCUCAACGAAAGAAAGAAAAGCGCCAGAAAGGAAAACUGGAAUGGCCACUUACUUCGCAACAAAGACAAGGAAAACUGGGUAAAGAGUCUUCUAAAGAAAAGCAGAAUUUCUUGGGUGGCAUCAGUGAUGCUUAUGACUUCCAUUUUGAAGAGAGUGUCCAUCUUACACCUUUUCGACAAAACAAGACAGGCGGCAGUGAUACUGAAGUGGAGGGUGAAGAAGACUCAGCUGAAACCAAUACCAUUGAGUCAAGCAGUACUGGAGGUGACUCAGAUGACAGCCUCUAUGAGCCUUACAAGAGUAAAUCAAAGAAAAGGCAAAGUUCAGUGGAUGAGAGCCCUACAUCACCAAUCCAUCCAAGGCCAAGGUCUAAAAGAUGUUUGGCACAGCGUGAGCAGAAGCUCAGUCAUGAAGAAGAGACUGAAAACAAAUCAAGUCGUAAGUCUAUUAAGCAGCCUUCUGACCGAUCUCGUGGGCAUCUCUGUGAUGUUACCAAUAGAGCUGCAGUGCUCCCCAGCACUGGGGAUGCAGAAAUUGUCCCUGAAGGUGAAGGACUUCUUCAGUCUCCAAAACGCAAACGGCGAAGCUGUACUGUUACUGUGAACUACAAAGAACCAAGUAUUGCAGGGAAACUCAGGAGAGGAGAUCCAUUUACAGAUACAAAGUUCCUCUGCUCUCCAAUUUUCAAGAUGAAAAAAGACGCUAAACGACAUUCUCAUAAGAAAGAUUCUAUGAAAAUAUCCAAUGAGAAAUUGGUUAGUUGUCUUUGAGUUUCUCAGCAAAACCAUGCUUCUGCCAUGAAGAAAGUAAUUUCCUGGAUUAAAUAUUUUGUUGCA